CCAACACCAACCCAAACAAACCAACACCACCUCCUCUGCCAUGGCUCCUCGCCUUGUUGUUGUGGCUGUGCUGCUGCUCGCGGCACCCUUGUGCUCCCUGGCACAGGCUGUCAAGGAUGAUGACAACACGCUGUACGCUGGCGUGGCGCAUGUGAACGCAACACUGCCACUGGGCGUCCCACUUGCAGGGUACAAUCACGGCGAUCGCCGCGUGCCGUACUGGCCAAUCCCAAACAACACCGCUUACACCACCUUCAUGACGCCAAGCGUCGGCGUGAUGGACGACACAAACGUGCGCUGCCUUGCCCUUCGCCAGGGCAACACCCGCGCCUUCAUCGUCACCGCCGACGCCAUUGGCGCUGACGGCACCCUGCGCAAGCUUGCCGUCGUCGAAGCACAGCGAAUGGGCUCAAACGCAACCCUGGAGACGGUCACCCUCCACGCUUCGCACUCGCACAGCGGUCCCGGUGCCGUAUCACCGAGCUUCCUGUGGGCGAUGGCGCCUGCUACAGAUCUCCUUGUACCCGAACUGCAGUUCCAGCUUGCCGUCUCCAUUGGACAGGCCAUUGUCAUGGCAGAGAAGGCGAUGGUGCCUGCGUCGCUUGGCGUGGACAUCUCCCUCCUCCCAAACGUCACCGUCAACAGGCGCGCAAAGAUCAGCCCAUACCUCCAGCCAGACAGCAUCGACCCCAACCUCGGUGUUAUCCGUGUUGACGACCUGAAGGGCAACCCGCUCGCCACCAUCUGGAACUUUGCCAUCCACGGCACCUGCUUUGGUCCCGACAACAUGAAGGUCAGCUCCGAUAUCAUGGGCGGUGUCAACAACCUCCUCGUCAAGAACGGUGGAGUUGGUGUGACCAUGUUCAUCAACGCGGACGCCGGCGACAUCGACCCUGCGCCGCAGACGUGCCAGGGCAAACCAAACUACAACGGCGCGCCCACCAUCGCCAACGCAAUCAUCAAGACGCGCAAAGCGAUCAAGCCCUCUGCCAACGCCACCUUCCGCAUUGCGAGCGAGGUUGUUCCGUUUGGCCCAACCAACCUAAACGUGACGCUCCAGCGUUUUGAAAACUGCACAAGCGGCGGUCCUCUCGACAUCUGCACGCUUUGCGAAGUCAUCCACUGCGACUUGAACCUCCACCUUGGCUCUUCCUGGAUCGAGAACGCGCCACGCUUUACUGCUAUUCGCUUUGAUGUCGAUGGUUCAAAGACGCUCAUGGUGACGAUGCCCGGUGAACCUCUUUCCGAGCUCGGAACAGAAGUCCGCAUCGACGGCGUUGGCCUUGGCUUCGACCGCGUCCUGCUUGCUGGGUACUCCAACAACCACAUGGGAUACUUUGCGACGCCGGAUGAGUACGACAUUGGCGGAUACGAGAGCCAGCUCACCUUCUGGGGUAUUGACACAUCCAAGAAAGUCCGUGAUGCUUGCCGCAACAUUGGCGCCAAAGUCAUCAACUAGAGUGUGCACAUACCCACACGCAUGUGCGCGCUCCUGCAAGCCGCGUGUGCCACGUGCUUUGCGGCAAUACACGCCGGUGCUUGAUUCUUGUCUGCUGCUUGGUUUUGCUCGACCCCCGUGUCAUUUCCAUUGCCUGUAUCCUUGUUGUCACCACUUGCUUUGCCUGUUGUCGUUGAGCGCCGUUGAUGAGCCUGCGGUUUCCAGACGUGAUGUGUGCGUGCGUGUGUGUGUGUGUGUGUGUGUGUGUGUGUGUGUGUGUGUGUGUGUGUGUGCACGGCUCUGCCACUCCCUCCAACUUGCGGAUUUCCUUCUGUUACUCUCUCUGUCUCUGUCUGUCUCUGUCUGUCUGGUGUCAUUCCGCCUCGCGGCGAUUGACACGCGAUGAAACGACGCAAAAGCAACGCGCUUUCUAUCCACCCAGCCAACGAGGAGCCUGCUUGUGUACUGAACAAUUGCGAGUUUCAAAACUCGCCCAAUGUAAACCACAGCGAAAACAA